AUGAAAGUACCUAAAAAGAAACGCUAUUUCCAAAAUAAAAAUGAUGAAAAUCAAGUUAAUUCAGAUAAAAGUGCUGACGUUGAAGUUUAUAAUGUUAAAAUAACACCACGCAUUUUAAAAAAUCAGAAAUACAAGGAAGUCAAAAACAUUGAAAAGGUCUUAAGAAAAAAACAAAAAGGAAAAUUUCCUGGUAAAGCACCAAUUGACCCAAAAACAUUGGAACGCUAUUCUAGAGGUGAAGGACUUGAGGGAGAAGUGUUAACCCAUCCACUACACGCAUUAAAAUUGCAAAAGAAAGAAAGAAAGUUCAAUUAUGCACAAGAGCAAUCUGCUAGAGCAGAAAUUUUACUGCCUGAAGAUCAAGGGUUAAUAGAAGUAGAAGAAGGUGGAAAAACAACCGCUGUAUCACAGAAAAUUAUAGCUGAAAAUGUGGAUAUUGCAGCUGCCACAAAAAUUUUUGAACUCAAUCUUGACUUUGGACCAUAUAGAGCGAAAUAUUCACGCAAUGGUAGACAUCUGCUUUUGGGAAGUAAAAAAGGCCAUCUUGCUGCUUUUGAUUGGGUUACAAAAAAACUGCAUUGUGAAAUCAAUGUUAUGGAAUCCAUUCAUGAUAUAAGUUGGCUUCAUGUGGAAACUAUGAUUGCUGCGGCUCAAAAGGAAUGGUUAUAUAUUUAUGAUAACACAGGAACUGAACUACAUUGUGUGAAAAAAAUGGAUAAGAUUUUACGGAUGGAAUUUCUACCAUACCAUUUCCUUCUAGCUGCUGUUAAUGAAUAUGGAUUUAUGUCAUGGUUAGACAUAUCUAUUGGAGAAAUUGUGGGUCAUUAUAAUAACCGUAUGGGCAGAACAUCUGUAAUGACUCAAAACCCAUAUAAUGCUACCAUAUGUUUAGGUAACUCUAAAGGAGUAGUAUCUUUAUGGUCACCAAAUGUAAGACAGCCUUUAGCAAAGAUAUUGUGCCACAAAACACCUCUGACUGCAAUUGCUGUGGACAAUCGAGGAAUGUACAUGGCCACAUCGGGAGUUGACCGGAGUAUGAAAAUAUGGGAUAUACGAAAUCUUGAUGGACCAUUACAACACUACAAGUUAAGAAGUGCUCCUGUAGACUUGGAAUUCUCGCAAAAGGACAUGCUUGCUGUUGGGCUUGGAGAAGUUGUAGAAAUAUACAAUAAUUGUUGUUCACAAACAGCUGAGAAGCCAUAUCUAAGGCAUAGAAUGGCGAAAUCUAUUAGUAAUUUCAAAUUCUGUCCAUAUGAAGAUGUCUUGGGGAUUGGAACUAGUAGUGGUUUCUCAAGCAUAAUUGUACCAGGAAGUGGCGAACCAAACUUUGACGCAUUGGAAAGCAAUCCCUUCCAAACUAAAAAACAAAGAAAGGAGGCAGAAGUCAAAGCUCUACUUGAAAAGAUACCGGCAGAACUCAUUACACUUAAUCCAUUUGAUGUUAUGGAAGUUGAUGUGCCUUCAAUGCAAGAACAAAUGGAAGCUAGGAAGAAGUUAUUGCAUCUUAAACCCAAAAAUAUAGAUAUCACACCAAGGCAUAAAAAUAAGGGAAAAACAAAUAUUGCAAGAAAGAAAAUUAUAAAGAGUUCUACAAGAAAGGAAUUUAUUAAUCAAGCUAUAGAAGCCAAGAAAUUGUUAGAUAUGCCUGAGAAACAGACAGCACCUAAAAAGUCGUUUGGAGUAUUGGAUAGAUUUGUUCCGAAAACAAAAUUGAAAAUAUAA